AACUUUAUUCUUCUAAGCCCCCACACUACGUCAGCUCCCUUUACAAACUUCCUUUCCCUUUGCCUGUCUCUUCUUCUUCCAUUGUUCACGCCACCAUCUUCUCUCUCUCGCAAUGACUUCUUGAUGUUCUGAACCAGAGCUCAAGCUUUCAUACAGCAAUGGCGGAAAGACGUGUUAUUGGUUCAUUCUUCACCAAGUUCCUUACUCUUUUCCUUCUUCUUCUCCACUUGGGUUGCUUCAUUUUCACCUCCAAGACUCACCCACCGGGUACCAAGAAACGAAAAGGACCAAAAGCUGCUCCUCCCUCGUUAUCUGCUUCUCCAUCUCGCCUUAAACCCCACAAAGCUCUCUCUUCUUCUUGGUCCUACAUUAAACGUAUCUUCUCGUCUAACAAAACCACCCCACAAACUCGCCCACCAUCUCCAACUUUAACCUCAGCGAGAUCAUCUCAGCAUUCCCUUGUCUCCAUGAUCCCACCUGAGCAUCAUCAAACUCAAACUUCAGAUUUACAACCACGUGUCAAAGCAACUACUCUUUCAGGCUCAGAAUCCGAUAUCUCGGCUGAUCAAACAUUCUUCCCUCUACGUAACGAUAUCUUUCCCUGCACAACUUGUGGCGAGAUUUUUCAGAAACCUCAUCUCCUUGAACAACACCAAGCUAUCAAACACGCUGUAUCGGAGCUAAUUGAUGGUGAUUCGGGUAAGAAUAUUGUUAACAUCAUAUUCAAAUCUGGUUGGCCCAACAAAGAUAAAAACCCGGAAAUAAUUCGAAUCUUGAAGAUCCACAACAGCCCAAAGAUUCUAUCGAGAUUUGAAGAGUACAGAGAGUUUGUCAAAGCCAAAGCCGCACGAAACGGUGCCCUCAGGAGGCGAGACGAGCGGUGCAUAGCUGACGGUAACGAGCUGUUAAGAUUUUACUGCUCAACGUUUCUUUGUGAUUUGGGACUUAACGGGAAUUCUAGCAUUUGCAACCAGCAGUAUUGCAGUGUUUGUGGAAUAAUAAAGUUGGGAUUCUCACCCAAGUUGGACGGGAUUUCUACACUAUCUACUGGCUGGAGGGCACACGUGGCGAUCCCAGAGGAGAUUGAGGAGGAGUUCAAGUUCAUGAACGUGAAACGAGCAAUGCUGGUUUGCCGGGUGGUGGCAGGUCGAGUCGGCUGUGACUCGGACGACGAUCAGACGAAAGAGGAUGGAGGGUUUGACUCGGUCGUUGGGAGGGGUGCCAGUGGGGUCCACACCAAAUUGGACGAAGAAGAGCUUUUGGUUUUUAAUCCAAGGGCUGUGCUUCCUUGCUUUGUGAUUGUGUACACCGUAUGAGUGAGUAACUUGAGUCAAGUGAGUUAACUUGAUUAGUUAAUCAGUGUGUUAAAAUGCUUAUGAUAAUGUUAAACUGUAUGUAAUCUUAAUUAAUUUUUGUUUAAAUUUGUAGUAAUGUGUGGCGGUGAUCAA